CCCCCGGCCCACACCGGAUUCCAGCUAUUUCCUUUCAACGGCUCCCGCUGUGACGUGCCGACCAAACAAGUUUGGAGAUGGGCGAGCAGAAGAUUCUUGAGGAGAAAUUGGAGGAGGAAGAGAAGAAGGAUCAAGAAGUUCUGGGCCAGAGUACGGUGGCUUUGGCGGCGGCCGAAGCACGAGAAGGCGGCGACGAGCUCUUCGUCCCGCCGCUGAAUUUCGCCAUGGUGGAGGACGGCGUCUUCCGCUCGGGCUUCCCGGAGACCUCCAACUUCAAUUUCUUGAAAACCCUGAAACUCCGCUCCAUCAUAUAUCUUUGUCCGGAGCCGUACCCAGAGGAGAACAAAGAGUUUCUUAAGUCGAAUGGGAUCAGGCUGUUCCAAUUUGGGAUCGAUGGUUCCAAGGAACCUUUUGUGAACAUUCCUGAGGAUACAAUUCGAGAGGCUCUCAAAGUUGUCCUAGAUGUCCAGAACCAUCCGCUGCUUAUUCAUUGUAAACGAGGAAAGCAUCGAACUGGUUGUGUGGUGGGAUGUUUAAGGAAACUGCAGCGGUGGUGUUUGACUUCAGUGUUUGAUGAGUACCAGCAUUUUGCUGCUGCCAAAGCAAGGAUUACUGAUCAGAGGUUUAUGGAGUUAUUUGACAUUUCAAGCUUGAAACAUUUGUCAACUUCUUGUACAGGUUUGGAGAAAUCAUCAGUUGCUUGAGAAGGACCGCAUUCCUUAAUUGUGAGGAAAUCUGGGUUACUCUCUGUUGGUAGAAAACAUUGCAGCGUUAGAAUCCUUUUAUUGAAAAUUUGAGCAUUAUGUACUCCAAGAAAUCUUAGCAGUUGCAGGUAGGUUCCAUUCAAAGUGCUUUUUUAUUUUCAUUGCAAUUACUAGUGUGGUCUAGAUCAUCAGCUGUAGAGCUUCAGGGGAAAAUUGCAAGAGGUAUACUUUUUGGAGAUCUCUUGCACAUUAUUUUUCUCGAAUGAAAGAUGUAUCCAAGUUGAACCAAGUUGGAAUGAAUUUAAUCAUGCCUGUUUCAAAUUCUUCA